AUGGAUUGCAAUUGGGUUAGGACAUGGAAUCUGCCCGACGAAUUCCUCCAAUAUGAAAAUUCUAAAAGGAUGGAGAGGCUCAACACUAGAUGGUCGGCCUCAUUCCCCUCAUGGGUCAAACUUAACUUUGACGACGCCGCUCGCAUUGGAGUUGCGGUAGGAGGUGGAAUUAUAAGGGAUUGCUUGGGCAACCUAAUUCUGGCCUAUGCUGGGAAUUUUCUCUCUGCCUCGAGUAACAUGGUCGAAGCUUUAGCGCUCUUCUGGGGGCUUAAAUUGGCUCUCAAUAUUAAUUCUAAAAGAUUGAUCAUUGAAGGGGAUUCUAAGCUGAUUAUUGAGGUGACUAAAGGUAUUUUUGGGAUUAGCUGGACGAUAAGCAACAUACUCAAGGACAUAUGGUCUAUGAUUGUUUGGCUUGAGGAAUUUCAUAUUCAACAUAUUUAUAGAGAGGGAAAUUCGGUUGCAGACUCCCUAGUUGUGACGGGCCUUGAGAUGAAAGGCAGAUGUUUUGGCCCUUCUGUGAUGUCAAGAUGCAGGAGGGAAAUUCUUAUUUGA